AUGUUCGAGGCGGGCGAACAGAGAUGUAGCUGGGGUCCUGCCACCUCGGACGACAGGCCUGGAGCAGCGGUGGGCUGGAAGGAGGAGGAGCCGCCAGAACAGCAGAAGCCAGGCCUCGAGAAGCCUCUGCUGAGCAGCUCAGUUCCCAAGGCCUGGGCGGAGAGCCGGGAGCUGGGCGCGCAUCAGGCGCAGCGGGACGGCCAUGCAUCCUGCCCCACCUAUGGGGGCUGCAAGGAGACCCAGGGGUUCCAGGACCCCCGGUGCCACGGCCUCCACCUCUCUGUGUCCGGCUGGCAGCCGUUCUCUCCAGGGAGCGACAGGGAGCAGACCUUUCUGUCCUUCCCACAGUAA